AGGCGGGGCCUGCGGACGCCGAGGGCGGGAAAAGCGUGUGAGCUCUGCUCGCCGCGAGGACACGGCGGCCCUGGAGGAUGGGGUUCGCAGAGGAAGAGCAGAGGGGCGCCUCUCUACACUUAGUGGCCCUCGACGUUCGGAGGCCAGAAAUGGCCCACAGUGGCCCUCGCAGUGCGGGCGUGGAGGCCAAGUGCUAAUCUCCGCCAAGUGGUAUCGGCGAGCGGGGAGUCCAACCCGGGGAGCACCCCGACCGGAAACAGCCCCCGCGGCACUUUAAUGAGGCCAGGAGGCCGCGAAAAGCUCACCGCGGUGCUUGCUCAGACAGAGCCACCAUGGGGACGACAGCCCCAAGGCCUGUCCACCUGCUGCAGCUGUGUGAUCAGAAGCUUAUGGAGUUUGCGUGCAAAGUGGACACACACUUUGUGUGGCUCAAGGAAAUCCAGGAGGAGGCCAGGCGUAUGUUCACCAGAGAAUUCAUCAAGGAACCGGAGCUGAUGCCCAAAACGCCCUCUCAGAAGAACCGAGGGAAGAAGAGAAAGAUUGCUAACAUUCAGGAUGCAAACAGAAACCACAUCCGGAAAAGCCCCGAGGAGGACCCCGGCAAGGCGGCUGAGCCCAUGGAGGAGGCUGGGCCUGAGGUCCCCAAGAAUGAAGAGAGUACCUUGUGGCCCCGAGGCGCCCCCAAGACUGUCAUUAGCAUGCCCGGCUUGCAGCCUGCGGCCUGUGGCCAGGACAAGCCCUCCGUGGGGCAGCGAGACGCCAAGAUCCAUCAAACAGAUGGCCCCGAGGAGCCACCCCAGAGUAUCAGGAGGAAGCUCAACAACAAGGAAGCUGUGAGUGAGCUGGGUUGGGAGCUGCAGCUUCCCCGGAGCAAGACCCCUUCCCCGCCCUGUCCAGCCAGCAAGCCUGUCCCGACCUUCCUGCACACCAUGCAGAGGAACCAGAUGCUCAUGACCCCGACCUCGGCCUCCCGCAGCCGUGUCAUCAAAUCCUUCGUUAAGCGGAACACUCCCCUGCGUGUGGACCCUAAGGAGAAGGAGCAGCAGCGCCUGGAGAACCUGCGGUGGAAGGAGGAGGCAGAGCAGCUCCGCAGGCUGAAGGUGGAGGAGGACAAGCGGCGGCGGCUGGAGGAGCUGAAGCUGAAGCGGGAGCAGCGCCUGCGCAAGGUGCUGCAGGCCCGGGAGCGGGCCGAGCAAAUGAGGGAGGAGAAGAUAAAGCAGAUUGAGCAGAGGGUCGCUCUGCAGGAGAAGAACGAGAAGGCCAAGGAGGCGCGAUUGGCUGAGGAGAAGGCCAGGAAAGUGGCUGCAGCCCAGAAGACGGAGGUGCGCAGGAAGCAGGAGGAGGAGGCCCGGAGGCCCAGGUGUCUGCAACAGGAGGAGGAAGAGCAGAAAAGGAAGGAGGAGGAAGAGGAUGAGCAAGAGCGUCUGCUGAAGGCGGCUGAGGCCAGGAGGCCGGCCGAGCAGCAGGAACAGGAGCAGCGGAGGGAGCAGGAACGGAUCCAGGCCGAGAGGGAGCUGCAGGAGAGGGAGAAGGCCCUGCGGCUGCAAAAGGAGAGGCUGCAGAGGGAACUGGAGGAGAAGGAAAAGGAAAAGCAGCAGCGCCUCCAGGAGGAGCAGGAGAAGAAAGCCAAGGAGGCUGCAGCGGCCAGCAAAGGCCCGAACACAACCAUGGACGUGCAGUCUCCAGCCUGUUCCUCAUAUCAAAUGACGCCGCAGGGGCCCAGGGCUCCCCGCAAGAUCAGCCUGGAUAACUACGGGAUGGAUCUGAACAGCGAUGACUCCACUGAUGAUGAGUCCCAUCCCCGGAAGCCCAUCCCCUCCUGGGCCGCAGGCCCCCAGCUCAGCCAGGCCAUCCUCCACCAGUACUGCCACCCCCCGAACCUGCUGGAGCUCUUCGGCACCAUUCGCCAGCUGGACUUGGAGGACAUCUUCAGGAAGAGCAAGCCUCGCUACCACAAGCGCACCAGCUCCGCCGUCUGGAUCUCGCCGCCCCUGCAGGGCAGCAGGGUCCCCAGCAGUCUGACCUGCAGUCUGAAGUACUGAGGCAGGCCUGCCGGCCUUCUCGCCCACCCGUGUCUGACUGUCCACCUCUCCCUGGGCCUCCUGCCCUCCUCCCUUGCGCUCUGACCCUGAGGGCUGUUCUGUAAAUGCUCUGGUGGCCCCGCCUGUGUGGAGGCUGCGCUCGGUGUGUGUUUGCGGAAGUGCCAGGUGCAGCCACGCCGGGCUCGCAGGCAGCACUUUGUAAAUAGGUUGCUAUAAUUUUAGCCUGGACUUUGACAGGUAUAUUAAUAAAGUUUAUUUUUUUAA